GACACGCUCGAAUAUCAAAAAACGUGGCCAGUUCGUAAUUGUCCAAAAAAUAAAGGCCUUGUCAUAAAAACUCUUAAGGAGCAACUCCCCUGGUAUAAAGCUAACAGUUUCGAUGAACAAAAAACCAAAGCCAAAGAAAUUUUAGAAGGGCUUCUG